AUUGGACUUUGAAAAAAAAACAAAAAAAAACUACAGGACGGUUUACGGCAGUGAGGUUAGAACCUGCAGGCGGGACCGGUUUACGGCAGGUCGUGAGGUGGAGUUGAGAGGAGAGACACGUGUGUCGUAGCAGCAGGUCCUGGUGAUGGACCCUCCACACUGCAGAGAGGACGAGGAGGAAGCGGAGGACUCCACCCUCGCUGUGGGUCUCAGUCUGUGUGACUCGGCCCCCCUGCUGUGGAGGAUGAGGGACCUGAAGGCGGUGCGGUCUCGUGGUCUGGUGGGGGCCCUGCUGGGUUCUCUGCCCCGAGCCCCCCGACAGAAUUCCCAGCUGGGUCGUCCUCUGCUCCUCCUGAUGGAGGAGGAGAAGCUGCUGAGGGAGGAGCAGGCUGCUGCUGACCUACCCGCUGCUAACCAGGAUGAAGGGGUGGAGCUUCAUCUUCAGUAUGAGGAGGAGCAACAGACGAGCUUUGAGGAGCAGAAGGUCCUCGCUCUGGAGGACAGGAAGUCAGCGUUGCUCCGAGCCAUGACAUCAUCACAGACAGACUCUGGAACUGGGACCUUAGACGAGACUGUCCAGACCCGCUUGCAGGACCUGGAUCAGACCUUCACCUUCACUCGGUCGGCAAUGGCGGUCCAGCUGAGCACGGCGAGGGCGGGACUUGGCUACUGUCCCGAGGCACGCACCUUUCUGCAGGCCGACAGGCCAAUCAGAGUGCAGGAGGAGCCCUGCUGUCACAUCAGGUACCGGGUCUUCAGGGACCUGCGAGGGCGGGGCUUCUUCCUGACCUCAGCGGGGAAGUUUGGAGGAGACUUCCUGGUUUAUCCAGGUGACCCUCUGCGUUUCCACGCCCACUUCAUCGCCAUCUGUGUCUCCCUGGACCAGUCCCUCCGUCUCCUGGACCUCCUUGCUGUGGCCCGACUGGGGUCCAACGUCAAGAAGACUGUCCUGCUCUGCUCGCCUGCGCCGGACGGACAGAUCUGCUACACCUCCUUACAAUGGAGCGGCAUGGUGUAGCACGUUGGACCGGCUCUGAACCAGGAGUGGAAUGAGACUGGACCAGGCCUGAAUUGGGACCGGGAUUGGAAUUGGACUGUACUGUUACCGGACCCACUGGUCUGGUAACUGGUACAGGUCCAGUUUCUCCUAGUUCUCACUGACUGUGGUCUUGAUGAGGACCUGGAGCCGACAUGAACGCUGUGAAGAGGUUUUCUGUCUGAGUGAUGAGGAUGAUGAUGCCUGCAGAAAUAGAAGGGGCCAUGGCCGCAGAAACAGGAGGGGCCCCUGCCCCUGGCCGCAGAAACAGGAGGGGCCCUCCGGCAACCUGUUCCUACUUUUGAGAUUUUGUUGUCAUUUUGUGAGAAACUGAAUCUUUGUUUUAGAAAAUAAUAAAAAUAACUACUUA